GGCUCAGUAAACUACAGUAGCACAGGGGGAUUACAGUUCAAUCCAGGACCAAUCCUUCCAUGGCGCUGGCACCUGCUUUUGUCUCCGCCGGUGGGCCGAUUCAGCGCCCUGCAGUGGAACGACCCUCCGUCGCGGUUUCGACUCCUGAACUGGCCUCGAGCCCUGGCAGUCAGGCUUCAAAAGCUCUUGCUGCCGGGUCAUUGGCUUUGGUGCUGGGCAGUCGCGCAAAGCCACGCCAGUCCCGCAAGGGCCUGCGUGUGGUUCCAACCCGCACGGUGAGAAAUGCGGCUCCACCAGGCGUCUACUGCGAAUCUGCGGAGAAAUGCAUUCGCCGAAAGACCCGCACGGUCUAUGUGGGCGAAGUCCCGGUGGGCUCCGAGCAUCCGAUUGCCACGCAGACCAUGACCACCACCCUGACCAGUGACGUGGAUGGAACGGUCGAACAGAUCAUGAAGUGUGCAGAGAUGGGCAUUGACAUUGUGCGUGUGACGGUUCAGGGCAUGACGGAAGCGAAAGCUUGCGAACAUAUCAAGAAGAAGCUCCUUGAGAAAGGUUGCAAGACGCCCAUCGUGGCUGACAUCCACUUCACGCCAAAGGUGGCCUUGGUUUGCGCCGAUUUCGUGGACAAGGUGCGGGUCAAUCCUGGCAAUUUUGCCGAUGGCCGCAAGUCCUUUGACACCAUUUCCGAGUUGACUGAGGAGGAUGUGAAGGAAGCCCAAGAAGCCAUUGAAGAAGCUUUGACUCCACUCGUGUUGAAGCUCAAGGAGCAAGGCAAAGCAAUGCGCAUUGGUGUGAAUCAUGGCUCCCUGGCUGAGCGUAUCCUUUUCCAGUAUGGCGAUUCGCCGGAAGGCAUGGUGGCUUCAGCCAUCGAGUUCGGCGAGAUCUGCCGGAAGCACGACUACCAUGAUUUCAUUUUCAGCAUGAAGUCUUCGAACCCACAGGUCAUGGUGAACGCGUACAGGCAGCUGGCAAGGGAGAUGUACAAGCUGGGCUGGGACUAUCCCUUGCACUUGGGUGUCACAGAAGCCGGAGGUGGUGCUGACGGACGCAUUAAGUCGGCCGUUGGCAUCGGAGCGUUGCUGUUGGAUGGCCUGGGCGACACCAUCCGCGUGUCCCUCACAGAGGAUCCUGAGUUUGAGGCCAAGCCAUGCAUCGCUCUCCGAGGUGCGGCCGAGGAGGCACUUAGCAAGGGAGUGGAGCCCUUCGACGAGCACACCAAGCGCCGAGAGGGUGUCUUCUACCGCCGGGAGUGCAGCUGGCCAAUCGAUGUGCCCUUGAACCACGACGGCUCUGUGUUCGCGCGCAUGUCUGUGAAAGAGUUGGCGGACCUGGACAUCCAAAAGCUCUGCGAUCGCUUGGGCUUGAGACUCCGAGCUGACGGUGACGUUCAGAUGGAGUGGAAAAGCGUUGAUGCAGUGGUGCUCGACGGAAUGGUCACACCCAACGUUGGUGUCAAGCUGAAGACCCUCUUGGACGUGCCCACAGGUGUGAUUUGCAAAGCUGGACCCAAUGUCCCUGAAGGUGCAACUGUGAUGGUGACUGCCGCAGAGGCAGCCAAAGGUGACAAGAUGGACGAGCGAUUGGGUGGCUAUGCCAUCGUUUUUGAUGGUGAAGAGUCCGAGGAGAUGAUGUUGGAUGCUAUCAACAAGACGUCGCCGAGGUUUGCGCUCUUGAAGCCCAAUGCUAGACAUGGCAGGACGUUUGUCUCUAGAAGGUUUUUUGCCAAGCUCAGUCAGUGCAAGAGUUCGGUGCCGGUGAUGCUUUGGUUCGAGUAUCCCAAGGAAGAUGGCAAGGACCAAGACGACGUUGUCGUUGAUGCAUCUGCAGACUUCGGUAGUCUUUUUGUGGAUGGCAUGGGUGAAGGACUUCUGUGGGAUGCAGAGGAGCUCUCUGCUGACAUGCUGCGGGAGUCUUCCUUCAACCUCUUGCAGGCCUCCCGUAUGCGAAUCUCCAAGACGGAAUUCAUCAGCUGUCCUUCCUGCGGACGGACCUUGUUCAACCUGCAGGAGACCACUGCGAAAAUCCAGGAGCGAACUGGACAUCUCCCUGGUGUCCGAAUAGCCGUCAUGGGUUGCAUUGUGAAUGGGCCCGGAGAAAUGGCAGAUGCAGAUUUUGGCUACGUUGGCAGCGGUGUUGGAAAGGUGGAUCUCUACGUGAAAUACGACUGCGUCAAGAGAGGGAUUCCCUCAGAGAAUGCCGUCGAGGCACUGGUGGACCUCAUCAAAGAGAAUGAUCGCUGGACUGAGCCAGCGGAUGCAGAAGAUGUGGAGGCCGAGGUCGGAGCUGUGGCAGUGCUUUGAGACGCCUUGGCCCUGCCAGGUCGUGCCCUUUUGAGCUCAAAGCACACAAGCUGUCACAAGCUGCAAGUAGGUCUCAUCAGGUCCUUCUCGUAAGGAAGGACGGGUUCAACUUGGAUUCUCC